AUGUCUCGGCGCUAUGAUUCACGGACAACCAUCUUCUCUCCAGAGGGUCGGCUUUAUCAAGUCGAAUACGCUCUGGAAGCCAUCUCACAUGCCGGUACCGCUCUCGGUAUCUUAGCCAAGGACGGAAUUGUCCUCGCUGCGGAGAGGAAGGUGACUAGCAAGCUACUGGAGCAGGAUACCUCCGCUGAGAAGCUGUACACCAUCAAUGAUAACAUGAUCUGUGCCGUCGCUGGAAUGAAUGCCGAUGCCAAUAUUCUCAUCAACUACGCACGUCAAAACGCCCAGCGUUACCUCCUCACCUACAACGAAGACAUUCCCUGCGAGCAGCUAGUCCGCAGAUUGUGCGAUUUGAAGCAAGGAUAUACUCAGCACGGUGGUCUGCGUCCGUUCGGUGUCUCGUUCAUCUAUGCUGGAUGGGACCACCUCCGACAGUUCCAGCUGUACCAGAGCAACCCUAGCGGAAACUACGGCGGGUGGAAGGCCACAAGUGUCGGUGCCAAUAAUGCUAGUGCUCAGAGUCUGCUCAAGCAAGACUACAAGGAGGAUUCCACUUUGCAGGAGGCGUGCGCCAUGGCUGUCAAGGUCUUGAGUAAGACAAUGGACUCGACAAAGCUGAGCAGUGAGAAGAUUGAGUUCGCAACUGUCGGUCAGACCAAGGAUGGCAAGAUCUACCAUCACCUUUGGACUGCGGAUGAGAUCGAUGCUUUGUUGCGAGAACAAGGGUUGGCCAAAGUGGAUGAUGAGCCUGAGGCCGGGGAGAUAAAAUAG